AUGGUUAAAGAUGGAAAUCUGAGCAUGUUUGAACGCUUGGGUGUGGCCCUUGCUAAAAGCAAAAACACUGGAAAUUUAGAUGUGGUACAGCUUCUGCAAGCAACUCUAGCUCCUCUGCGGAUAGAGUUGCAUUCUUACUUCCCUGAGCUAAGUGAAGUGGAAUCAAAAUUGAUUAGAAACCCAUUCACUGUCAAUGUGCACCUUCUCCCAGAUAACUUGCAAGAAGAAUUCUUAGAGUUGGUGAAUGACUCUGCUGCAAAAGAUUCAUUUGAAACACUUACCCUGACCAAGUUCUGGACUAGAAUGAGUGAGACUUACCCUGUUGUAUCUGAUGUUGUACUGAACUCUUUCCUGAUAUUUCCUAGUAUUUACCGGUGUGAGCAAGGUUUUUCAACGCUGUUGAACAUGAAAACGAAACAUCGAUCACGGCUUAAUGUGGAGCAUGGCCUACGUGUGUGCCGGUCUAAUACUACUCCUCGAAUUGAAAAAAUUCUUUGCAACAAGCAGGCACAACCUUCACACUAA